CUCUUGUUGUAAUUUAAGCGCAAAUUGAUGAGGGGAAAACUCGCGGCUCGUUCCGUCUCUGCCGUAGGUGUGAACCGACGUGACAGCCUUGCGCUGGUCCUGAAACGUCACGUGUACCGGGCUGUUCAUCAGCAGUUUGUGUGUAUACAAGCAGAGAUUGUGAUGACUUUGCCAGGGGCAGUAGAACAGAGCACAGCGCCGAAGCGGGACAACUGAUGUGAAGUUACUUUUUCUCUCUCGUACAAUUCGGAUUAUCGAUCGCUGUGAUUUUCUACGACGCAUAAAAAAAAAACUGAUCCGAUUCUCUUUACGUCAUUUUGGUGCCUCCAUCGGAAAAUAAAAGUCCCGUGAUGGUGAAUAGCCGUGUGGAGUCGUCAGCUGUGGCUGUAACAGGUGGAGGAGGAGGUGGAGGUGGAGCAGGCCGAUCUUGUGCCGGCUGUGGUGGCCGCAUCUCUGACCGCUUCCUGCUCUUCUCCAUGGAGCGCUAUUGGCACACGCGCUGCCUGAAGUGCUCAUGCUGCCAGGCACAGCUGGGUGAGAUCGGCACCACCUGCUAUAGCAAAGGGGGCAUGAUUCUCUGCAGGAACGACUACAUCAGGUUGUUUGGACACAGUGGGGCUUGCAGUGCAUGUGGUCAGUCGAUUCCAGCCAGUGAGAUGGUGAUGAGGGCACAGGGCAACGUAUAUCACCUGAAGUGUUUCACGUGUGCUACAUGUCGGAACCGCCUGGUGCCCGGGGACAGAUUCCACUAUGUCAAUGGCACCAUCUUUUGUGAGCAUGACCGGCCUGGAGGAGGCAUGCUCAGCAGUCACCUGGCCCCACUACAGAGCAGUACGCUCCUGCCUGAUCAGAAGGUAUGCUAAAGGGACAAGGACUUAACACAACGCAGCACAGCGUGCCUUCUGUUUUGUCCUUCUUUUACUCUUCAUCUUUUCUCCCUCUUCUUCAUCUUUACCUUGCUUCAGAGGCGCUGAUAUCCCUUCAUUCUGCGGAUGAAAAGACCUUUAACGGACUCUUAAAAGCUUUGCUUGAAAACAGUUCAUGUUUUCAGGCUUGGAGAGCUUCCUCCUUCAUGUUCAGGGUAAGAUGACUGAGCAGAGAAGAUUAAAGUUACUGUUAAUGUUGGCUGUGGGAUGGCAUGAACUGAACCCUGCUGAUAAAGCCCUAAACACAGAGGAUGAGGAAAGGAGGCCUAUGUUUCCAAUUCUGUUUUUAAGACUUUUCGAUGACACCAUGGAUGUUACGUGAAACUUUCCUGACAGUGGAGUGCGGUGAAUGCUGUUACUGCUAAUGGAUAAUGCUGAUUGUUCUUCCUUCAAACAGAGAGACAAGACUUUUUGUGGUUUAUACGCUGUAAAAAAACACGAAUUGCGUAACUUAUGAUUGUGUGAGUUUUGUACUGCUGGUGUUUGCCUGUUUCACGUCAUUGCCAGGAGUUCAUGUUUCUGUGGGCCUGAUAUACUGAUGUCCUGGUUAGGAAACACAAGGAGAAUAGAAUACAAAUGUAUAUAUUCUUGUCUUUUACCGUUGUAUUGUGUGCUCAGCAGCUGAAUUUUGUGUUUCUGAGCAAAAGUGCAUUUAAAAUGAUGAUAUAUCUGUAAAGAUAAAAAAAAGUACUUAUUAAAUAACUAUA